UACGGCCGAAAUGUGUAAGCGAGUUCAUUGACAUGAAAGAUUAGAAGUGUAUACAUUUCAUCUGUCAAUCUCCAGCCUUAGUGCUUCAACAAAAUGUUUAUCAAGAACAAAAGAGUUUAACGAGGGUUAAGUUGUUAGGUAGAAUGUAUUCUUUCGAGUUCAAGAUGAGCUUGGAGGCGGAAAAUAUAAAGGGAACAACAAUAACUCCUGCUUGUGCUACAUUAACCUCUAAAUCGAUGGGGCGGUACUUACAGAAAGCAAUUCUGUCAAUCAUGAUAGCGAUGCCUUCACGAUUUACGAGUUACACUUGCGCCAAAUACUAAAGAGAUGCUGUCAGUAAACUGCACAAUUUCGAGCUAAUUGAGUCCGCUCCUUGUGUUAUUUUAAUCAAAAUUCAAUUAUCGCUCCAGUCCGUGAUUGGCUGGUUUCUGAGGAGCUGUCCCCGGUCUAAUAGAGGUCGUUCACUGUAGACAAACACCUCUUAUGACGUAACGAAUUAACACUGUAAGUAAUUCGUAAAUCCUUUUGGCUACAAAGCGGCUGGCAUAUUGGGCCUAUUAGUCAGUCAGUGUGAUUCGGUGACCCCGAUCAAGCACAAUUCUUCCGGCCGGUUGGCGAAACAGCGUUAAGAGCCCAGCGUUUAAGAAACUUCAGUGUGAAUUAAUUUGGGUCAACGUAUCAUGUCUGCUUUUAGAUCCUCCUUCACUAUUGAGAGCAUUCUUUCGCGGCCAACCCACCAGCGAUGUGUGCCGUAUACAAUUCCACACCCGUACCCAAUUAUCCCAGCCCUGGCUCCAGGCUAUAUCGGUACAAUCAUUUUCUUUCUUUUCAUUUUACAUGUACUCAGCUCGUCAAGUGGAUUGUGUUCCAUCCACGAACGAUUUUCUUCAGCGCUUUCUAUUGAUCCGUCGAAACGUGACGUGGGUCGGUUCUGGCGGAGCGGAUUAUUGUUCGAAAAAAUGGCAGUUGAUUCCGUUCACGUGGUGUUAUUUGCAAGAUUACUGUAUCAUGUGAAGGACUUUGACGAUUUGUAGCCCUUGGUGUCUCGAUAACACUUUAAUUCGCCCCGGCCUUGGAACAGUUACACCCACAGAUUAAGGUUUUAAAAACUCAGCGAGUGCAACUCUCAACAGAUGGUGACCAUAAGACCUACAGAGAAACUAAGUGAAGACAAACAGACCAGACCCCGUAUUCUCCUCGUCGUCACUAAUUUCUUUGUUUGUGUGAUUUCAUUUUUCAGGAUUUCCGCGAUUCGGCGAUCUUUUACGCUCGCAACCGAAACGUAAGAGACGACACCGAACGAUAUUUACUGAAGAACAACUCGAACUGCUUGAAGGAACGUUUCAGAAAACUCACUACCCUGAUGUUCUCCUUCGGGAGGAACUCGCUAUGAAGGUGGACCUUAGAGAAGAACGCGUCGAGGUAAGAACGAAGGGAGAAUCUAAUUUCGCCUUCAUAACAUCCAGGCAUGCGUGCCCCUAACGCUCUUGUUUAACCACCACAAACAAAAGCUAUUGCUUUUAAUAUUACUUCCACUUAAUUCAUCCUAACUUGCUUUGUGAAAAGUAAAGAGAGUUGGUAAGCAACUAUUUCAGAAGCUAUCCCACUUGUUUAUCAAAGUGUUUGAUAUUAACAGAACCGUGCAAAAUUACGGAAGCGAAGCGUAAAUGCAAUUAUGGCCUCUCGCCGACUGAAACAGAGGAAACCAAAAAAUGGCCCAUGACUAGGUAAAAUGUAUACAAUAAAAUAAGCGAAUGAUAACAAACUCCGACCAAUUGGCAAGCAAAGGAAGAGUUCCAAAUCAUAUGCUAAUUUUCCAGUUUAUUUUUCCGAUUCCAAAAAAACCAUUAUGCCUUUAGUACAGUGGCACGUUCAAAUCUGUUUUUGUAUUGUACAAACAUAUCUCGACUUACUUGACACUAUCGCUGGCUUCUCUAAGGACACCGCGACUCUAAUCGUAAUAAUCGUGGAGUAAAUACGAUAGCAUAUUGCUGUCAAAACUUAGAAGAUUAAUGAUUUCUCUAAAAUGCCACUAGUGGACGUGGCAUGUCCAGAAUUUUGAGUGACAUGGUCCUUCUGUAGAUCUUGAGCUGCAAGCCUGUUCCAACUAAAUCAAUCCAAAAGUUGUGAUAUUCUUCAUUUUCAACGUGGAAGAAUGAUACUGGAGAUACGUUUUGGUCUUUACUGUUCAGUGGAAAGGGGCGAACAAAGGAGAUUAUUCAACUUUUAUAAGAAGUGUCACUUCGCACAGAUACGUGAACACAUUGUUUGGAGCAGUGGCCGUGCAUAGUCAGGUACAACAUCUUUAUUAAAAGCACAACGACAAAAACCUAAGGCUUCAAGCAAUAUUUGUAAACAUUCAUAAUGUUUAUCAUACUUCUGUUGCAUAACUACUAAGAUUCUCCAACGAAACUUCAAAAAUAUUUUAAGAGGACAAGAGUUUCCACGACACGUUGGCGCGCCAUUUGCAAUCGAUCACAGUUGAGGUACACCCACUUUUCUUGGGUAUUCAUCGAUUUGCUAAAGUUCUUUUCCCUAGUUAGGUGAUCUUAUGAGAAGGCUGUGAUCACAGAAGUGAUGUUUUAUGUUUAUAAUAAAAAGGAUGUUUUGCUAGCGAGAAAGUCAAAGACUAAGAUCAACGAUCGCUUCGUACUCAUAAUUUUGCCAACACGAUUUACUAAGUGGCGACCAGAAGUCUUGAAGAUGUGUGAAUUCUCGCGCUUUAUAAACCCCGGGUAUUAAACUGGUAAUUGAAUUACGAAAGCCCUACUUAAAUUAUUCAAAUGGAGAGUAAACAUUCGGAGCUUUGGUUCUAAUCACUUCCUUACAAAAAGAGGUCGUCUUUGCAACUCCAUUGAUGGGAGAACACAAGCUCAGGGACUCUCAGUCCUGGAUAAUUUUAAACUGAAGUUUAUACCACAGGCUCUAAAUGUUGAAGUCGGUUUAUUUCAGACUUUGUUCCCUUGAUAUUCAGUUUAUUUCAAAGUUAAAUUAAUUAAGUAUCAGGGAGCAUUCCUAUGAACAGCAAAGUAACUUAUCAAGUGGCUGAGUUUCGACCACGUUCUUCGUCAACAGACAAACAACUUUGGAAUUUCCUAGCUUCGUAGAACUUCAAUGUGAUCCUCAAAGAACGGGAAAAACUCUCAUCACGAAAAAAUGUUCGUGCGGGUGUUUUUGAUCUUUUUUUCUUCAUCAAUUUUGCGGUAAAAUUUAGGAAUUAACCAGUUCUCGGAAGACUGUGUUGAUGAAUUCCUAACAGCGUAAUGAGCAAAUUCCACCUUGUGUUAUAGGUUGGUGUGUGAUCCACUGUCUUUCUUGAUCUUCUUAUGCAAGUAAUUCAAAUUUUUUUUCCCUGGAUAGCUGACAACAAAUGAUCUAAUAUAAGGAAAGGUAAUUUCUCAAAGGUUUGAUUCUUGCGUUCAUAUCACCAAUAUCGGUAAAUUUUGCUGAACACAAAGAUCGAGAGAAAUCAAAUCUGACAAACAUUAACUCGGUUUGUUAAGUCGCACAGCGUUUCUAAAUUUACGGCAAACACUGUUCAGAUGGUUUUAUAUUCAGUGAGUCUUCGAUGAGGAUCAUAACAUCAUAUAGUACCAUGAAAAUCCUAGCUUCUUUUUCGUUUUAUCGGUUUUCGUGUUUCGAGUUUCAGUUCCAAUCGUAUCAAAUAGUUUGGUCGAUCGAAGGCUGAUCGAUUUGGACACGAAAGCGGCAAUAGUCAGUUGGGAUUUCUCUUUUCUUUUCAAGCGACAAAGUAUUUGGAUUUUCUGUCUGCUUAGAUCGAAUAAUGCUAUGAGAAAGUGUUAGGCUCUUCUGGAAUCAUGUAGACUGGUGUCGCUGCGCACAUUCGCUGAUCGCUGAGUGAAGCAUAAUCAGAGCAAGCUAACAUAGCUAACAAAACAAUCCACGGUGUUGGAUCUCAAAUCAGUUUUGUGACAUCAAAAAGAUGUAGAAAAAUAAUGAAUCAUGGAUUCUCAAGGAUCUGUAUUGUGUAUCAGUUGAGGGAUCUACAGUUAACACAACAUUAAUUAUCCACCCCUCGGACGACUGACAAGGAGCCGGACAGAAGUCGUUUCUGCGGGGUGUAGAAUAAAUUGUGGUUUCGAGUUCAAGUAAGCCGGCAGGACAGAUAUUAAAAAUUUUCACACUUCGAUGUUGUGAAAAUGGUCCGAGUCUUUAACAGAUUUGUGUCUGGGUUAAAAUAAUUCUAUUGUAUAUGGUGCUAAGUCAAUUAAAAGCUUAAACCCAAAUUUGUUCAUGGGCAAAAGUGCGGUUUAAAUAAGUUUGUCAAACAGUUAAUUAAUGAUCGUAAGCUUCGCUUUCCUAUUCCAACAUCUGUGAGGUUUUCUUUAAUUCGCCGUAGUCGUGAUGAUACAAAACUCUUUGUUAAAUGGUAUGUACAUUAAUUCCUUUCUCCAUUUUCGCGGCCCAAGGGCUUAUUAAGACCUGGUCUUAGAAUAAUUUGUGUUUAAUAUUAGUCUCGCAAAUCAUGGAGUAACCUUGGCAGCUAACCGACUACUUUUGAUGCAUACAGCUAAUCCGCUUAAAACGCAAUGUAACUUAUCAAACAUUGAUUUACCAGCUAGUGCUUAACUUACUUGCUGGUGGGUUAGAUUUGAUUGUAAAAACAAAAUUUUUGUCUUAAGAAUCCUAUUUUGAAAGUUAUCACCAUAAAAGAACGAUAUGUCGACUAAAACAAUAAGUAUAUUGAUGUUAUUGAACAUAUAUUGUGAAGAAUUUGGCAGCAGUAUCCUUCAUCAGCUAACCACUCAAAACAGCAAGUGUAGCAACAUUGGGCAAUGUUUGCCAACCUUGUCUUUCAUGUCUAACAUACAGUAUCAGAACACUCCCCGAAAACUGGUCAAUUUGUAACUAUAAGCAGUCAUUAUGUAUCGUCUUGAGGGUGGGGUGGAGGAUUUUGGGGAUCACUCGUCGCCAAUAGAGUAUAAAGGAAGGAGUACAGAAAACUGACCGCCAAUUCACCUACAAAUGAGAGGUGAAAUAGAAGAUAAAGGAUAAAUGAACACCAGUCCUAACCACUUUUUCUCGCGUUAAGCUAUUACUUUAUAUUUGAGCGAGGGAAUCCGCCUUUUGCAAUGAAUAUACUCAGAAUGUACUAGCCCCUUACAAUUUCUUCAAUGACUCAUAGCAUUAUGUCUCUCGGCAGGUUUGGUUCAAAAAUCGUAGAGCAAAAUGGAGAAAACAAAAACGGGAAGAUCAGGAAGCUAAAAAGAAGAAAACACAAGCUGACUCUACAACAACAUCAAUACCAAUGAUUGAAGAGGAAACACCAGUACAGAGCGCAGAAAAUGAUAGAGACAAUUUGAGCGACAUACAUACACACAAAGAAAUCAAGGAUUCAUGCGCGGUUGCACAGCCUUUUACUGAAACAUCCAAUCUUGAUGCAAACACAUCGGGGCGACCGCUGACAUAGUAAUGACAUAAACAUAUAUGUACACUGUAUAUUAAUUCACAAGUAGAAAUGCAUAUUAUUUAUUGGUCAUAUGAUAAUGAGAGUGAAAAGAUAAACAUUGAAGUCAUAGCGUAUAAAUUGGUUAUUAAACAUGUACAAAGUCUGUAAGAGUUGAUAAUAUUUUAUUGCAGGUUUUAUACUUGUUAAGUUUAGUUUAACUUCACUCAGCCUGUUAAGACUUUCGUUUUUAAUAUGAAAAACAGAAACAGGU